AUGGCUACCACAACUCAAGUAGUCACGGCAGACAAUGUCUUUCGCCUAUUUCCCGACGUCAAUACUAAUCUUAGCUCCUCCCAUCGUGUCGCAACAAACGACUUAGAUCUACAUGGAUACGACGAGGAGCAAGUAAAGCUUAUGGAGGAAGUGUGUAUUGUCCUUGACAGGGAUGAUAAUCCUAUUGGAAGCGCAAGCAAAAAUUCUGUAAGACGCCUCCGCCACAUGAUGUCCAACGUCAACAACGGACUCCUUCACCGCGCCUUUUCCGUCUUCCUCUUCAAUUCUCAAAAUCAACUACUUCUUCAGCAGCGAGCUUCGGAGAAGAUCACGUUUCCAAAUAUGUGGACGAAUACAUGCUGCUCCCAUCCUCUGGGGAUACCUGGCGAGACCGGCGAUACAUUGGAGGCCGCUGUCCAGGGCGUGCGAACGGCUGCGCAACGGAAGCUAGAUCACGAGCUCAGUAUCAAGAAGGAGCAGGUGCCGCUGGGAAACUUCAAAUUCCUGACAAGAGUACAUUACCUCGCCCCGAGCGACGGCAAAUGGGGAGAGCAUGAGAUCGAUUAUAUAUUGUUCAUCAAGGCCGACGUCGACCAUGUUGCUAACGCUAACGAAGUCAAAGAGACUUGCUAUGUCUCACAGGAGCAACUUCGAGAGAUGUUUAAAGACAAUGCUUUGAGUUUUACUCCAUGGUUCAAGCUCAUUUGCCAGUCAAUGCUAUUUGAAUGGUGGGACCAUAUCGAUCAAGGUCUCGACCAGUAUCUGAAUGAAGAAGAAAUUCGGCGAAUGUAA